ACCCGGUCUAGUGUAGGGGCUGCUGCUCUUGGUCGUCGGAGCCACCAUGAGCAAGCGGAACCAGGUGUCGUAUGUGCGGCCCGCCGAGCCCGCCUUCCUCUCCCGCUUCAAGGAGAGAGUCGGCUACAAGGAGGGACCCACGGUAGAGACCAAGAAAAUCCAGCCUCAGCUCCCAGAUGAAGAUGACAAUCACAGCGACAAGGAAGAUGAACAGCCUCAAGUAGUAGUUUUAAAAAAAGGAGACCUAACAGCCGAAGAAGCCAUGAAAAUUAAAGCGGAAAUAAAGGCUGCCAAAGCAGAUGAAGAAGAACCACCUCCAGCUGAUGGAAGAAUCAUGUAUCGAAAGCCAGUCAAGCGUGCCUCUGAAGAAAAGUGUUCUGGGUUAACAGCCAGCUCCAAAAAGAAGAAAACUAAUGAAGAUGAUGUAAAGAAGCAGAAUUCCGUUAGAAAGAACUCACAGAAACAAAUAAGGAAUAGCAGUCUCCUUUCUUUUGACAGCGACGAUGAACACGAAUAAGC